AUGACGUCUCCCGGUUCUAAUUUCGCUCCUCGAUCCAAGUCAAGGAAAGCUCGAGGUGGUUUCUCUAGGGGUCUCAAGAGGCUCCUAACAAACUUUACUCUUCCCUAUUCUAAAUCGCACUCUCGUCCAAACACCCUUACGCUUUUCGACAUAGUGACUUUUAGCUCGACUAAGAACUACCCUGCGCUUCGAAAGCAUGCAUCUCGUAUAUCAAUGCGCUGCGAGGACAACGCCCUUAGGAAUUCAGCCCCAGGCCUCCCCGUCGCUUCCAGUCCUAAGAUCACAAAACAUUCAAACAAAACUUACAAGGCUCCUCGCAUGGCAGAUAGAGUGGUAGAUGUUCGCUUGGAAAGCGUAUACGAUGACGGCGAAACGUGUGGAGGAUAUGUCUUUGGCUCAGCUUUGCAAGAUGCCUGGCACGCAGAGGAUAUUGAGAAUUUUCGUACGAGAAACUUGUAG